UAAAUUAGCGAAUGUUUACGUUGCGUAUGUCUGCUUUCGGUGGAAGAUGGAAAGGCGAAGGCCUGGCUUUGGCCAUAAUAUGUGAUUCAACAAGUAUUGAACUUAAAACGUGUAAAUUUUCUAGUUUAACUGUAUUCGAAUUAAGACCUGCAACUACUUGGAACCAUAACAGAUAGAUUUGUUGCUGGGAAUAGUAAUAGUAUUUCAUUAAAUUCUAGGCCUAUGCCUACUACCACCAGCAGUAGAACCACCACCACCAGCAGUAGGCUAUCUCUUCACCAGUUCAGAAGCCCGAGGAACACAUCAAGCUAGUGCCUUUGAAUCAAGUUUUAUUAUGGCCCUGACCCUAGGCCUAGGCUAGCGUACAAGCAGGCCUGGGUUAUUUCAUGUGCAUCAGAUCAGCCUAGAAAGAACCAAAAUACUAUUGUUUUUUCAGCAUAAUUCGUGGAUUUUGUUUUGGCUUUGACUGUAAGUGUUCUUACUGUUAGCACCAUCAUUAUACAGUAAUUAUUCCAUUCAUUCUGCUUGUAUUUUGUAUGAAAAUCAUACAAAAGUGAGUUUCUUGACUUGUCUAUAUAAUCUAGUUACCUCAUAGACUUGCUUUCUAAGAUGGGUGUGAAUAGUAGCAGUAUUGGUGAACUGUCUUCAAAUGAAAGUUUAAAGACUCUUGCAGGGAGUAAAAUAAUAACAGAAGAUGACCCUUUUUGGAACCAACUCUUGUCCUUCAAAUUCUUGCCACCGCAAACAUGCUCUGAUGCGCGCCUUUUAGAGGAAGCCACAAGUUCAAUUUGUAAACAGCUAGUUAACAAUAAUCUUCAGACUGGGAAUUUCUGUGCAUUAGUAAAAGUAUUCUUGAGGCGAGCAAAUGAAUUGAAGACAUCUACACAGUGCAAUGACUUUUUAUUCACUUGGCAAACUUACAAUGCGUUAUUCAUCAUACGCUGUGUUUGCAAGUACAUGCUAGAAAACAUAUCAGAGGGUCGAAUCAAACAGCAAUUCAGCGUUGUACAGCAAGAGGGCGCUGCCAGGCCUGAUGGCAAAUCAAAUUACGUACUUGAAGACUUCCUAAAUGCAGUUGUUAAAAUUCUUAUAGAAGUACCGGUGUUGGACUUUACAUACAUGCUUCAUCUGGAAGGGGUGACGUUGUUGUUGAUCAUGCUGUCUGUCCAGAUGUUUAUUCCGCGUGUAUCGCAUGAAAGCAUCAUAUUCCAGCUGUUGAUGUCAUCAUCUUGUUCAAAGGAUGCACAUGUUUUGAUCAAAACUUUGCUGGACCAUUUCAUUGAGCAAAAACUUUGUCCAGAAGCUCCAUUUGGCUCUGGCCAAUCAGGAGGCAGCUUCCUGUAUGGAGUGACAUCUGCUGUUGCAACUGGUCUCUGGACAGUAAUGACAUUGGGGUAUGGUGCACCAGCAGUCCAGGAGGAAAGCAAACCUCUGCUAGCCAAUCAGAGUCUACUAUUGCUGCUGGUUUUGGGUAACCAUGACGUCCACCGUGGCGCCCAGAACCCAUAUCGUCAGGCGUUGUGCACUUUUUCAAACUCACAAGAUGGGGGAUCAGCUAACAGUCUUACUGGUCAGCUUCCACCAUUCAAACUCAACUUUUCCAACCUGUACGAAGCAUUUUGUCAUCAUUUUGAAAGUGAUCAAACGACCCUGCUAUUUUAUUUGCUGUUACACAGAAACACAAACUUCAGACAGUGUGUGCUAUCAAAAACCAAUAUUGAUAACCUGGUCCUUCCUCUUUUAAAAAUUCUGUACAAUGCACCAGAUAGUAACUCACAUCAUAUUUACAUGGCAUUGAUAGUUCUUCUUAUACUCAGCGAGGAUGAUGCAUUCAACAAAUCUAUUCAUGAAGUAUCUGUGAAGACAGUUACAUGGUACACAGAACGAUCCAUUUCAGAGAUGACACUUGGAGGACUGAUUGUUCUUGUGGUUAUACGCACUAUUCAAUACAAUAUGACAAGAAUGAGGGACAAAUACUUGCACACAAAUUGUUUGGCAGCUUUGGCAAAUAUGUCCUCCCAAUUCCACUCCCUGCAUCCUUACGUAACGCAACGAAUUGUAAGUUUGUUUGAGUUGCUUAGCAGAAAACAUGGCAAGAUAAUAGAACAGCUCUCACAUGGCUCCUCAACAGUUGCCAACAGCCACAUGGAUGAGCAAGAUUAUAUGGCAGAUUUGGCUGUCCUAGAGGAGGUGCUGCGUAUGGUACUGGAAAUUAUCAAUUCAUGUCUUACGAACACCAUUCACCACAACCCUAACUUAGUAUAUACGCUUCUUUACAAGAAACAUUUAUUCAUCAGCUUUAAAAGCAAUUCCAAGUUUCAAGAUAUUAUACAGAAUAUUGACACGGUGUUGUCAUACUUUUCCGCUCGUUUGGAUCAGCAUUCAGAAGGUAAAAACCUUUCUGUUGAGGAGGUCUUGGAAAUAAUAAGGCAAGGAAUGAUGCUGUGGAACAAAGAAAGUUUGCGGAAAUUUCCAGAUUUAAAGUUUAAAUACGUGGAGGAAGAGGAACCAGAGGAAUUCUUUUUGCCGUAUGUCUGGUCGUUGGUGUAUCAUUCCUCCAACUUGUACUGGGAUGCCGAUCGCAUUGAGCUAUUCAAUCUCAACUCGCAGUGAUAGAAAGUUAGGCGGCAGUAUUAUCUAAUUUGCAUACCAGUAUUUAAAGAACAAUGUUUAAGCUCCACCAACAAGAAAUGUCAACAUGUUUUUUUGGAAUUCGCCAAUUCAGCGUCAUGGGUUUUAUCACGUAGUGCAUUGUUUACUGCGGAGGAGGUGAGUCGGCACAAAAUUAACUGUUGCGACUUUGUUUUUCAAUUUCUAAAUUGGAUUGGUUGAAGGAUAAACAGUAAACAGACUGACUGUGACACAGCAUGCUUGAAACAAGACCACUGUUAAGAUCUAUCCGGACUAUCAAAUCUUAUUUGACAAAACCAUGUGACAUGCCUGAAUAUCACAUCAUGACCAUAUAUAGGCACAUCAUGACUAUAUAUAGGCACAUCAUGACCAUAUAUAGGCACAUCAUGACUAUAUAUAGGCACAUCAUGACCAUAUAUAGGCACAUCAUGACUAUAUAUGGGCAUGCAAUAAUUGUCAAAGUAAUCUGAUAGUUUGGACAGAGCAUACAAAAAAAAAAAAAGUCCAGAAUUUUAGAUAGCAUACUAUAACCAAUUGAUAUUUUUGGAAAAAAAUUGUAUUUGUAAUUUGAUUUAAUCAUAAAUGACUAAUUUAUUUGAAUCCAUUUAAACAGAUCUUAUGGAUUUGUAACACUUUGAAUGAAAUAGAUAAGAAAUUUUAAAAUGAUUUUAAGAAUAAAUCUCUCAUAGUUGUUUCACAUUUCUAUGGUUUCUUAUAGAUAAUUAUUUUUAUUAUUUAAAUAUGAAAAUGCAUUUUACUCAAUGGUAAACAGGGAUUUUAAUUAAGUUGAUAGUUAAUAAAAGUAUGAAAUAUUAAUUUUUUUGUUUUUAAUCUUAUUGUGAUAGAUAUGCUUAAUUAUUUAUAUAGUGUCUUUUGCAUUUCAAAGAUUGUGUCAAAGUGCUUGAAACAUAUCACCCAGGCCCGAAACUGACUGUCCCACUCCUUGCAUUGAAAAUAAUCAAAAUGAUGAAUAUAUAUAACAUUUAUAUGCUUAUUUCAACUCCCAGGCCCUCUGAUCUCCCCACAGCUCUUUUUAUGGACUACACCAGGGGGCCUAAGCCCUCCCUGGACACAUGGCUGUCAGUAGAACCCACUUUUUAAAGAUUGCUGGUUAUGGGCCCCUGAAUGCCUAUGUCACUGAAUCCAUACUGACAAAGUUAGUUCAGAAUCCUCCGCUUUUACCCACCGAUUAAUUAAUCAAAAUACAUUUCAGCAGAAAAUUGAAAUGUUCAAAUGUUGUAAUGAUUUUAGUGUGGCUAACACGAGAUGUUGAAUUAUUUAAACAAAUGUGACAGUUAAAAUAAUAGUGAUUAACUGAGAUAUUGGCUCAUUAUGGGUUUAUAUGUAUUUAGAAUAGUCUUUAGUCGGUAUUGAAGAAUAUGUUGAUAAUUAAUCAAGAGAGUAAGUAAUUCUUUAAGAAAUAUAUAUUUUCAGCAUUUGCAACCUAGACACUCUGCUCAUCGUUUAGUCGUUGAAACAACUAAAUUUUGGGACAAAGUUCAUUAUACUCCUUUUCUACCGAAAGCACACAUUUUCUUUAAAAGGUACACCGCAGAAUGAUUCUCCUGGUUACAAAAUCAAAAAUUGAGUUUAUAUUAUAUUUAGGUAAAUCACAUUAUAAGCUUUAUUUGGUCAGUGAAUGGCUACCCUGGGAUAAGUAAAUCCGUAGAUGUGAGUAUUUAAAAUUUAGGUGUAUGAGAACCAUGUCUUGAGAGAAUCGGCCUCAAAGAUAAACUAACCUGUACAAAUAAUAGGACUAGAAUCAUAGAAUAUGUGCAGAGGACAUUGUUUUAACUUUUAGUAUGAAAAUUCACUUAAAAGUAUGCAAUCAUAAAAUAUAAGUAUCAAGUUAUUCAAAAACAUUAGAAUCAAAAUUUUGUAAAACUUUUUACCUUGACCUAUUUUUGAUGAAUAUCUUUAUAAUAUGACUUCACCUCACAUAUGACAUCAUCAUGCCUAUAUAUAUAUGGGUGCGAUAUGACAUCAUUCAAGCUCAUAUAUUGGUAUGAUAUGACAUGAUCAUGCCCAUAUAUAUGUUUGUAUAUGACAUGAUCAUGCCCAUAUAUAUUUGUAUGAUAUGACAUCGUGCCCAUAUAUGGGUGUGAUAUGACAUGAUCAUGCCCAUAUACUGGCCAUUCAGUGCAUCAAAUUGUAAAUUAUAUAUCUUUUUGGCCAAUGUUCAUUCAGAUUUGAGUACAGUAUGUGAACAGGUUGAUACUGGAACUGUUACUCCAUGGAGUGCAUACCUUCGCCCUGCACCUGAAUACUGAAUAAUACAUGCAGGGCGUUUAAGGAUGAGGCAGGUGGUUCCCUUAUUUCUUUUUAUAUGUGAGGUUUGCGUUGCAAAGAAUAUUUUGAAUUCAAUCACCUCUUCCUUAGAUCCAGUAUGCACCACUCCACUAAACUAAUUCAUUAGUGCUUUUUUUUGUAUAAUCCUGCUUAGUAACAGCGCUGAAUACAUAAUCUAAUUGGUGGAAGUAAAAAAGAGAAUGUAUCAUCAAUUAAUUAGUCCUCAUUGAGUGGCUAGGGAAUUUACGCAGGAGUCCCGCACCAGCCUCAGUGCUCUCAAAGAAUUUGUUACUUUUGUGCCGCAUGGAGCACUGGAAAUAUUUUUUAGGGAAAGUAGGAGAAACAUAUUAGCUUGUAGUAACAUUAUCUUGUAGUAAGCCUAUGUUUUUAAAUAUGAAUUAGAAAGUGUAAUUAGAAAAACAAACUAUGGGAUUGUCUAUUGCCAAUUUUUCAAAUAACUUAUUUGCAAAAAAAAUGUUUGUAUAAACAUUUUUAUAAGAAUGGUAAUUAGGUGUUGAUUGUUAUUAAGAUAGAUUUCCUUCAGCUGGUUAUAGUUUAACAAUGCAUCAGAUAUACAUAAACUCAUAAAUAUUAUAUGGUAUAUGUUAUUCAGCUGUUUGUCAUGGUUGGAGUUUGUAAAGUUCCAAAGAGGAAUAAAUGGAAGAUGUCCACAUACAUAAUGUUGAAUAUUAUCAGAAAAUAAAAUUUGGUAAAAUAUAA